CGCGAUGACGCAACGGCAUCGGGUGCACACAGAGCGGUGACGAGGCGGCUCUGGGCUCCGCUGAUGUUGUUGUUGCCGGUGAGAGGAGCCGGGUGGUCGUUACUGAGCGGCGAGUGAAUGAAGAGCCGUGGGCCCGCGGUACAGCUCGCGCGUUUCGCCCCAGACUGAGAAACACACACUCACAUACAUUUCACUGUCAAAUCCUGCUUUUUGUUUAUAUCUUGAAAAAAAAAUCUUUCCUACGCGGAAUUUUCCCCCAUAAUUAAAUAUUAAAUCCUGCCGGGGACUGAAUGGAACCGGACGGAGCGUCGACCGAGGUCGGAGGGGAGAGCGAAGUACCGGCGGCUGAAGAGGCAGCGAUAGAAGGAGCCGAGGGCGAUUUACACCCGUUAGAAUCGUACAGUAAAAAAGCAUGCUUGGCCGAGAUGCCGUCUUCUUCUGGAAAUAUCGAUGCACCGACAAGCAGAAAAAUUGGACACAGAGGAGUAGAUGCUUCUGGAGAAACUACAUACAAAAAAACAACCUCAUCCACUCUUAAAGGAGCCAUUCAACUGGGUAUUGGAUACACAGUGGGAAACCUCAGUUCAAAACCUGAAAGAGAUGUACUGAUGCAAGAUUUCUAUGUCGUUGAAAGCAUAUUCUUCCCUAGUGAAGGUAGUAAUUUGACACCAGCACAUCACUUCCCUGACUUCAGAUUUAAGACCUAUGCUCCAGUGGCGUUUCGUUACUUUAGGGAACUCUUUGGCAUUCGACCAGAUGAUUAUUUGUAUUCAUUGUGCAAUGAACCCUUGAUUGAACUCUCCAAUCCUGGUGCCAGUGGUUCUCUCUUUUAUGUGACGAGUGAUGAUGAGUUCAUAAUAAAGACUGUUGUAAACAAAGAAGCAGAAUUUCUGCAAAAGUUGCUUCCAGGUUAUUAUAUGAAUCUGAAUCAAAACCCAAGGACUCUAUUGCCAAAGUUUUAUGGACUUUAUUGUGUCCAGUCUGGUGGCAAAAAUAUCCGAGUGGCAGUGAUGAAUAAUGUGUUACCACGAGUAGUGAAGAUGCAUUUGAAGUAUGAUUUAAAAGGUUCAACUUACAAACGGAGAGCUUCAAAAAAAGAGCGUGAGAAAUGCAGGCCAACAUUCAAAGACCUGGACUUCAUGCAGGAUUUCUCAGAUGGUUUAUUAUUAGAUGCAGACAUGAAUAGUGCUCUAAUUAAAACCCUGCAGAGAGAUUGUCUGGUGCUUGAGAGCUUUAAAAUCAUGGAUUACAGUUUGUUGUUAGGAGUUCACAAUUUGGACCAAGCAGAACGUGAGAGACAGGCUGAGGGAUUACUAAGUACUUCUGAUGAGAAACGACCAAUUGCACAGAAAGCUCUAUAUUCCACGGCCAUGGAAUCUAUUCAAGGUGGAACUUCACGGGGUGAAUCGAUCGACACAGAUGAUACGAUGGGAGGUAUCCCUGCCAUAAAUGGCAAAGGAGAGAGACUUCUCUUGUACAUCGGUAUAAUUGACAUUUUACAGUCUUACAGAUUAAUCAAGAAAUUAGAACACACUUGGAAAGCACUUGUUCAUGAUGGUGAUACUGUGUCAGUGCACAGGCCAAACUUCUAUGCUGAAAGGUUUUAUAAAUUUAUGAGCAACACUGUCUUCAGAAAGACAUCAUCAUUUCAAUUUCAUAACACGACAGCCUUGAAGUCGUCCCCAUCCAAAAAAGGACGGGCUUCUCUUCCAGUUCCUAAAUAUAUUGGUCCAGGGCAAGCGUUUUCUGCCAGUCAGAUUCCUACAGAAGAUGAAGAUAAACGGUAUGACCUGCGGGGAGCCAGGAGCUUCCCAACUCUUGAAGAUGAAGGAUUAUUGGGCCGGCCAGAUCUCCUUCCUUGCACUCCCCCUUCAUUUGAAGAAGCGACUACAGCUUCUAUAGCAACAACUCUAUCAUCAACAACAUCCUUGUCAAUAACAGAACAGUCACCAUCAGAAAGCUCAGAGCAUCAUCACCGCUACAGGAAAGCAACACUAUCAUCAUCAGCAGAUGUUGGGUCUGAUGAGAUAGUCACAGAAGCUGGCCUCCAGCAGGUCACUGUUGAACUUGAGGCAAAGUCCAGUAUCGAAACUGAGCAUACAGCUGAGGAAGAGGCAGCAGAAGAGGAAGAGGAUAAAACGGAAGUUCCUUCGGCAUCUGCACGUACAAGUUCCACUGUUACAUUGGAAGCAGACACUGUGAGCCAAAUCUCGGAGGCAGCUAGCCAUGCAUCUGAGGAGGCAGAAGAUGAUGAUGAGGAGGUUCCAGCAUCAGACAUUUAUUUUUUUAUGGAUGGAAACUACUGGAUUUACUCUCCACAACGCAGUUUUUCUCGAGCUACUUCAAUUUCCAAUGAGAGUUGUGCAGAAGAGAGGGUCUGGAUUUACUCUCCUCUUCACUAUGGCUCUCACGUGCGUUCAGUUUCAGACGGAGAAAGUGAAACUUAAAACUUACUCUGACCGUUUUGAAGAAUGAAGAGGAAAGUUCUUCCCGAAGAACAACAUAUUUUGGUCUGAAGCUGCCUCACUCCAUUGGAUCAGAGUGAUAUCAUAUCACUCAGGCUGGGCCCUAUGUGUUCCACUGUGUAGUCUGUGAAACUUGGCAAAGAAAACAUCUGAAACAGAAUUCAUGUUGGGGAGUUGGAACCAAGACACUUUGUUGGGAAUGGAAGUGGUGGGGCAGCAGGUGAACUUGUUUGUUAGUGUUAACAAAAUUUCUGCACAACUCUGCUCAUGCAGCAACCAUAUCAUGUGAUUUUAUGUGGUCAAUACUUGUCAGUGACAAAUCACUGCUAAAUAAUCUGUGUCCAGCCGAAGCCUGUUCAAUUUGAUUCUGUCUUCUCAAACAGAUUGCAGAGUGCCAUGAUCAACCUCUGUGAAUGUGCAUUUUUUCUGUUUUAUCCAAGGUUCAUGCAGCUUUAGACAAUGUGAUUCCAGUUGUGUAAAUCAUGUGCGAGCAAUCAAGCUCUUCAGUUUGUGCUGAGCUUAAUUUUGCUUUAGUAUUAAUUAACAUUCAUUUGUUUGUGAAUAUAAGUAGAAAGCUGAGUUAUACCGAAGCACUGAAGGCUAAAAAAAAGCACAAUUCAAAAGUGAAUGUGCCUCAAAUAGCAGAAGUGCAUUCUGCUCAAUUGAAUUUGCAGUUGUCAGACAUUUUAUUUAUUUUUUAUGGGAAGAAAAGUGUAGAAAGCAGAGCAGUUUUGUGACGGGCAAUCAAUCAGCUGGCAUACAUAUAUAUGAAAAGCCUUCCAAAGCUGCAAGUCUUUUUACAGCUUUAGUUUUUAAUGUCUUAAUCAGGUUGAGAAAUAUUCAAUGGGAUAGAGCAUUUUCCCAAAUCAGACUCCCAGGUUUAAAAUCAAAAAUGUCGCAAGUCAGGUACAACACACACUACUUGCAAUAUCAAGCUUUCUGUUGGUUGCCAAUUAAGGACUAGGUACUGCACUAGGUCUAGGUACAGCAUGGGUCAAAUGCAGAAUAAAGUUUCCUCUAUAUUAUCCCAACAAUGUAUCUCAGCCCCAGUAUUUGAAAAGCACUUUCUUUGCUUCUGUGACACAUCAUGUUUCUGAAAUGCAUGUGUUUUCUGAACAGACUAUACCAUUCUAGAACGUCAGCUACAAUACAGAAUUGCAGAUGUGUAUAAAAUUUAAUGUUUUGAAUUUUGUAAUAUCUAAAUCUUUUAAGUUGUUACAACCCAAAAUGAACCUGUGUUGAAAGAAAAAAUCCAAAAUAUGUAUGAUGAAUUACAACUAUGAACAUUACACUGAGAUAGCUAUGAAAUGAACUAUCAAAACAGAGGUUUGACAAACACUAAUGUUCCAUUCCAUUUAAAGCAAUUAUGUCAAUGAUAUUAUGUUCCUAAUCAAGAUACAAAUGAAUGGAAAUGAGCAAAGUGAAUUGUUCUUCAUUUAUUCAUUAUAAAGAACCGACAGUUGUCCCCCUCCAGUCCAUUCUCAAAACUCAGCUGUUUAAAUUUAGGGUAUCAAAACUGCAGCCAUGUUAGACGUGGCAGUUGCGCACUUCAUAUGCAGGCAAUUUAUCCAAUUUGUGAAUAGAUCUUUUACUCAUUUGUGCUGUUUGAAAUUUCUGUUCUUACAAUUUACAAAUUCUAUAAAAAAAGAGAGAUGGGUUUAAACUCCAUAAAUGGUCCUGAAAUUUCAAAGUACACAAUUUAACAAGUUUUAAACUUGUAAAUUUUUGUAAUCGAUCUAAUUGGUUCUCAAUCACUAGCAUGUAUCAGGUGUCAAGUGUCUGCUAUGCCCAAUAUUAAUUAUUGUUUCCUUUACUUAGAAAUCAAAAACCAAGAAAAAUUGAAGAGAAAUACUAUUAUUCGCUAAGUCACUCAGUUUGGACAUAUUUUUGUAUGGAGAUAAGAGGCAUGAGACCAAAUGCAAUAGAAAGCCAAGAAGUCUUGAUGUCCUGACACUAGAACAGUGGCUAUGCUUCAGAGUGCCACAUUGACUGUAAAAUGCUUUGGGGCUUCCUAAGGUCAUGAAAAGCAUUAUAUAGAUACAGGUUUCUGUUUCCAAACCAAAACCGCAAAGCCUCUUUUGGUUUUCAACAGAUGCUUGAACUGCUGCUGUUAAACAGCUACUUGAAAAUCACUCUGGGUUUUUAAAUGCGUACUGCAGGUUUUGUUGAUAUUGUUUCCAUUCCUUUUUUUUGUGCUGAUUGCACAAGCAACCAACUUUUUCUGUGCUGUUGAUUCAGUGCAGAUCACAUUGAAGGACUAACAAAAUUAUGCUAUCAAAAAUGUACUGAGAUACUGACUGCAUGAAGUCUUAGAGUUCAGACGUGACCAAGUUUUAACAAGUAGUUAUUUGAUCAUUUGUAAGACUUCAGUUGAACUGUAUUGAUUGUAUAGUAGUUCUCAGACACGUUCCUUUAAUAUUUUCAAAAAUAAACUUAAAACAAAAAGAUUAGUUACUUGCAUAGGUGUUGCAAGUUUAAUUGAAUAUAUUUCUUCUGUUGUGGAUCCCAUCUGACUGCAAUUGCCACUGUUUGAGUACUGGUAUCCUAAAUUGAUUUAAAAUUCAGGUAUGGUUUACAUUGUUGUAAAAUUUGUCUUAGAAACUUUUCUGGUGCUAACUGCAGUCAGAUUUGUGUGGGGUUUUCUAGUAUUUGGUUGUUGCUUUCUCCAGUUAUGAAUUCUGACUACCAGUGCAUUGAAUUUGGGGGAAUCUUGAUUUUGAAGUCUUGAGUGUAAUGUUUGGUCAGAGUACCGAAUGUCCUGUCAUAUCACUUAACUGGGAAUUAGAUGUAUUUUCAUAAAUAUUUAAGGAUAUGUACUGAUGCAGUUUAUUCUAUUAACUGGUGUUUAAUGUAUAAUUAAAUAUAUUGUUACAUUUUUAGAUGUUAAAUAAACUGACCUGUUGAUUGCUUAAUUUCAGUAAAAGCAAAAGGAAAAUGAGUUGAUGCCAGUCAGGAAGGAUUAAGUCCCCAUUACCUGAUUUAAGCCUUGAGUUGUGAAACUCAGGAAAAAAAUAAUCCAGUGUAAUUUGAGACAACUGGUUUAAUGUGGAAUUAUCCAAUGCUUAAAAUUUGCUGAUGCAGUGUAAGGCACUGGAAAUUGGAUCUCCAGAACAGCUAAUCUAAACCCAAUAGUAGGAAGGCAGAUUUGCAUCUUAAAGCUUUGCAUUUAUAUGAAUUGUGUCAUUCCAUUUUAUGUUGGAAUGAUGAGGAGACUAAAUAGUUUUUGCACAUGUUUUCUCUGUCCAUGUACCUAAUGAAAAGGUAAUUUAUUUGAAAAUGUUGAUAUGUAUGUAACUGAUUUUCAAAAUUAUUCGUUUCCUAACUUUCCUUAGCUUCUUCAGAUAUAAACUUCCUCCAGAUUGAAUGAUAUCCUAACACUGCUUUCCUUCCAAUAUCAAUGCCAAUUUACAGCUGAUUCAUUGAGGACAGUAGUUAAGAGAUGGAACUGCUAUUCAUUUGAGCCUACAGGCCCCCCCCCCCCCCCCCCCCCAACAUACAUAUACA